AUGUCAAAGAAGAACUACACAGUGGUGACUGAGUUUAUCCUCCUGGGUCUGACCGAUAGAGCAGAGUUGCAGCCUGUCCUUUUUGUGGUGUUCCUGGUCAUCUACCUGAUCACAGUAACCGGCAAUAUGAGCCUGAUUUUGUUAAUCAGGAGUGACUCAAAACUAAACACUCCAAUGUACUUCUUCCUCAGCCACCUCUCUUUUGUAGACCUCUGUUAUGCCACCACCAUCACCCCCCAGAUGCUGGUUAAUUUCUUAUCCAAGAGAAAAACCAUUUCUGCCAUUGGUUGCUUUAUACAAUUCCACUUUUUCAUUUCCUUGGUGAUCACAGAUUAUUAUAUGCUCACAGUGAUGGCUUAUGACCGCUACAUGGCUAUCUGCAAACCCUUGUUAUAUGGUAGCAAAAUGUCCCGAAGUGUCUGUAUCACUCUCGUUAUGGUUCCUUAUACUUAUGGCUUUGCAAAUGGUCUGGUCCAGACCAUCCUGAUGCUUCGUCUCUCUUUCUGUGGACAAAAUGAAAUCAACCACUUCUACUGUGCAGACCCACCUCUGUUAGUUCUUGCCUGCUCAGAUACUUAUGUCAAAGAAACUGCUAUGUUUGUGGUGGCUGGUUCCAACCUCACCUGCUCUGUCACCAUGAUUUUCCUCUCCUACAUUUUCAUUUUCGCAGCCAUUUUGCGCAUUCGCUCCGCUGAGGGGAGGCGCAAGGCCUUCUCCACCUGUGGGUCCCAUCUGACAGCUGUCACUAUCUUUUACGGGACACUGUUUUGCAUGUAUCUGAGAUCCCCUUCAGAAACAUCAGUGGAACAGGGGAAAAUUGUAGCUGUGUUUUAUAUCUUUGUAAGUCCCAUGCUAAAUCCUUUGAUCUAUAGUCUGAGGAACAAAGAUGUUAAAGAAGCGUUCAGGAAGGUUAUGCAAAAGAAAUUGUUUGCUAAAUAA